UUUCGGCAGUCUCAUUAUUAUCCAGACUUUGGUUCCGAUCGUCUUCGCCUUCUCCUGUAAAACAAUAACAGCGGACCAGAUAUUCACAGACUUUCGAACGGUCCGGUAGACCGAGGUACUACCGGUUUCCAAAAUGCAAGCACCUUGUGUGCUGCCCUGGCUCGUAGCCCUCGCCGCGCUUUUCGCGAAUUGUUUCGUCCGAGUGCAAAGUGAGAUUUUGACGCCGCCUUAUUUCAAUUUGGCGGAAGGCAGGAAGAUCACCGCCACAGCUACCUGCGGAGAAGACACCGAGGGACCUGAGCUUUACUGCAAGCUUGUCGGUACCAAAUCGGACAGCGAUGUCGAUGUGAACGUUAUUCAAGGACAGUUUUGUGACGUAUGUGAUUUGUCCAAACCGGAUAAAAGACAUCCAGCUGAAUAUGCUGUGGAUGGCAUGGAAACAUGGUGGCAGAGUCCUCCUUUAUCCAGAGGCAUGAAAUACAACAGGGUUAAUUUAACCAUUGAUCUAGGACAGGAAUUUCACGUAGCCUAUGUCUACAUUCGUAUGGGGAAUUCACCUAGACCUGGUUUAUGGGUCCUGGAAAAAUCAGCAGAUUAUGGCAAAACCUACACAUCAUGGCAAUACUUCUCUGACUCCUUAGCAGAUUGCGAAACACAUUUUGGAGCUGAGAGUUUGGAACCAAUAACUCGCGAUGAUUCCGUUAUUUGUACCACCGAAUAUUCUAAUAUUCUUCCUUUAGAGGGCGGUGAAAUUCCGAUAUCUUUAUUGAUCAAUAGACCGUCUGCAAAAAAUUAUUUCAACUCCAGUGUUCUACAAGAAUGGACUAGGGCGACAAAUGUACGUCUUAGGCUUUUAAGAACGAAAAAUUUUCUUGGUCAUUUGAUGUCGGUGGCUAGACAAGAUCCUACAGUAACUAGAAGGUAUUUCUACUCCAUAAAAGAUAUAAGCAUUGGAGGAAGAUGCAUGUGUAACGGACAUGCGGAUACAUGUGAUAUACAAGAUCCUGAAAAUCCAUCCAUCCUAUUAUGUAGAUGCCAACAUAACACGUGUGGUGCAAAAUGCAAUACAUGUUGUCCAGGUUUCGUACAAAAAGCUUGGCGUCAAUCUAAAGUGAACGAACCAUUCAUUUGUGAACCUUGCAAUUGCUUCCAACAUUCCAAAGAAUGUAUAUACGAUCCAGAAGUUGACAAAAAACAUCUAUCUCUGGAUAUAUAUGGCAACUACGAAGGUGGUGGUGUUUGCCAGAACUGUAGAGACAACACCAUGGGCAUUAACUGUAACAAAUGUUUGCCCAAAUUUUAUAGACCAUUCAGUAAACAGUGGAAUGAAACCGACGUUUGCCAAAGAUGCGACUGUGACAACAUGUUUUCAACCGGUAAUUGCUCUGAAGGAACUGGAAAAUGCGAAUGUCGUAAAGAAUAUAACCCUCCAGAUUGUGACUCCUGCAGCUUUGGCUAUUUCGGUUAUCCGAAAUGUAGACCUUGCGAAUGCUUCUUGAACGGCACUGUUGAUCUGCAAUGUGCUGCAGAAAAUGGAAAGUGUACUUGUCAACCCAAUUUUGGUGGUGACUUCUGUAAAGAGUGUGCCCCUGGUUAUCAUAAUUUCCCAGAGUGCAAACCUUGUGAAUGUAAUGCCGAUGGAUCUGUGUCGUCAGUUUGUGAUGUAGGGUCUGGAAAUUGCACAUGUAAAAAUAAUUUUGCUGGUGAAAAUUGUGAUAGAUGUCAAGAUGGCUAUUAUGAUUUUCCAACUUGCACUUAUUGUAACUGCGAUUUGAAAGGAACAGAAGAAGGAAUUUGUAACAAAGCAACAGGACAGUGUUUGUGUAGGGAAGAAUUCACAGGUGAACGCUGUGAUAAAUGUAAAUCUGGGUAUUAUGGAUAUCCAAAUUGUCAGCCAUGCAAUUGUGGCUUGAUAGGAUCUCUUGGAAAAACAUGUAGUGAAGCUGGAAAAUGUUCGUGUUUAGCAAAUUAUGCUGGUCGAACAUGUGAACAAUGCAGUCCUGGUUAUUAUAAUUACUCUACAUGCAUCUCAUGUGAAUGUGAUUCUAGAGGAUCCAAUGGUGUUUCUUGUGGCAACGAUGGAAAGUGUGAAUGUCACUAUAAUUUUGAUGGAAAGCGAUGUGAUAAGUGUAAAGAAGGAUUUUACAAUUUCCCUGAUUGUGAAGACUGUAACUGUCAUCCUGCAGGAGUGGUGGAAGGUUUUGCAGGUUGUGGAUCUGUGCCAGCAGGAGAGCUUUGCCAAUGUAAAGAGCGAGUAGAAGGACGUAUAUGUAACAAAUGCAAACCGUUGUAUUGGAACCUCAAUCUGAACAAUCCAACCGGUUGCGAAGAAUGUAAUUGUAACCCUUCCGGUGUCCUUGGUGGAAUAGAAGUCUGCGAUAGCGAUGAUGGACAGUGCGUCUGUAAACCUUCUGUUAUAUCUAGGAACUGCGACAAAUGUGCCGAUGGUAGCUAUCGAUUGGAGGAGGAUAAUCUAUUUGGAUGCGAAGAUUGUGGUUGUGAUGUUGGAGGAUCUAUAAACAACAUUUGCGAUAAAAUAAGUGGACAGUGCGUGUGUCAAUCAAGAGUCACAGGAAGAACUUGCAAAGAGCCACUUUCUAAUCAUUACUUCCCCACACUUUAUCAAUAUCAAUAUGAAGUGGAGGAUGGACAAACCCCUACGAAUACAUCUGCUCGUUAUGCUUACGAUGAAGAAGUUUUUCCUGGAUAUUCUUGGAAAGGAUAUGGAGUAUUCUCUCCUCUACAGAAUGAAAUUCUUCAAGAUAUCUACAUAUCAAAGUCUUCGCUGUACCUUAUGAUCUUGAAAUAUGUAAACAGAAAUCCCGAGACCAUAAUAGGCACGAUUAGAAUAAUUCCGGAAAGUUAUUAUGAGAGUGAACAAAAGCAGCAAGUCCAGUUCAAAGCUAGUAACGAACCGACAUUUGUUACCGUAUCUGGCGCAACUGGCUCAACACCAACGCCCUUCGUUAUAAAUCCUGGUAAAUGGACCGUCAGCAUCAAAGUUCCAAAAGGAUUGUUCGUGGAUUAUUUCGUUCUUCUUCCCGAAGAUUAUUACCUAGCUUCGAUUCUGCACCAGAAGGUUGAAAAACCAUGUAGGGUGAACGACACCAACAGUUUAUGUCGCGAAUAUAGUUAUCCUAAUGUCACCAACUUUGAUUCCAUUGGUUGUGGAUCUGGCACAGCUGUUUUCGGUAGUACACAACGUCCAAUUUCCGAAUUCUACGAAGACCUUUCGCAUUUGCCAGCAGUCCACGUCAAGAGCAAAAUACCUCUUAUAAACACUGCGCAGAGAGCUAUCACAUUAGACGUGUCCGUUUCGAAACCAGGACCUUACGUUUUGAUCGUUAACUAUGUGACUCCACUCAACGAGGAAAGAACUCACAAAUUGGAUGUGAACGUAACAAAUAACGUCGCAACAGCAGGAGGACACGUCAUUUUAUACUCUUGUACAUACAAUUUCUUAUGCAGGCAGGCAUUCAUCAACGAGGAAGGAGGAAUAGGCAUAUUUUAUGCUGACGAUGAUCGAUUAACGAUUGAUAUAGAGGGGCACAAUGCAAAUGUUGCACUUCAUUCUAUCACUGCAAUACCCAAGGAAGAAUGGUCAUUAGAUUAUAUCACCCCAAGACCUAAGUGUAUUAAUAGGGAUGGCUUCUGUGCACAAUCAACUUUCAGAACACCUCAAGAAACAAAAAGAAUAACAUUUGAAGUCGAUAGUGAUACAGCGAAUAACAAGUCAGCUUUGGAUUUCAACCAAACGUAUGUUUUAUUGAACAAAGAAAACGAGUUUGUGGAUCUAAGAGGCAAAACUCCUGGUCCAGGAUACUAUACAUUCAUUCUUCAUUAUUAUCAACCCUUCUAUCCUGAAUUCAAGUUGAAUGUGAUCAUCCAGAAUGGUCAGUUCUAUGAAGCAGAGGUUCCACUUAAGCACUGUCCAUCAGUAUCAGGAUGUCGUGCAGUGGUGAACGAAGUGAACGGAAACAUCAAGUUCAAUUUGAUUGAAAACUUCAUGAUCACAUUCAAGGAUCCAGGAAAUAAAGGCGUGUAUCUGUUUUACCUUCUGGUUGUUCCUUCGGAUUUCCAUACCCCGCAAAACCUAGAGGAAGAAGAUUUUGACCAGACUGACGAAUUCAUCAGGGUUUGUGCUAAGGAUAAUUUCAACAUUGAGACUAAUCAGCAAGGUUUCUGUAAAGAUUCAGUCUUCUCGAUAACUGCGGCCCAUAAUGGUGGCGCCAGGCCUUGUCAGUGUAACUUCGACGGUUCCACCAGUUUCACUUGUGACAAAUUCGGUGGACAGUGUCCUUGCAAAGAAAACGUCAUCGGUCGUAAAUGCGAAGCUUGCAGAACCGGAUACUAUGGAUUCCCAGAUUGUAAACCGUGUAACUGUCCGUCCACCGCCUACUGCGAUCCGAGUGACGGACGGUGCAUAUGUCCACCAAGGGUAACUGGAGAAAGGUGCGACCAAUGCUUGCCUUUAACUUAUGGUUAUGAUCCAAUAAUCGGAUGUGAAGAAUGUAAUUGUAACCCUCUGGGAGUCAGAAGAACGCUGCAGUGCGAUCUAAUGAACGGAAGUUGCCCAUGCAAACCAGAUAUUGACGGUCGCAGAUGCGAUACCUGUGUUCCUGGACAUUAUUCGUUUCCGUACUGUCAAUUAUGUGAGUGUAACACUCACGGUACAACCGACGCUAUAUGUGACCAAGACACCGCCGAGUGUUUCUGCAAAAAGAACGCGAUUGGGCCAGCCUGCGAGCUUUGUCGAGAAGGAACGUUCAACCUUGAAGCGACCAACGAGUUCGGUUGCACAGAAUGUUUCUGUUUCGGCAAGACAACAAGAUGUGAAAGUUCCAGUCUGGUGAUGGUUCCCCUGUCGGAGAUGUCUGGUUGGACCUUGUUCGACUUAGACCUGACAAUAAAAAUGGAAAGAUCCAAGUUUAAUUUGACAAUGGAAACGUCUGAAGAAGGCAUUAGUAUCGAUUUUGAAGGGAGUAACACCAACGCGUCCAUUUAUCUUGCUGCACCCUCUGAGUAUUUGGGCAAGAGGUUACAUUCCUAUGGAGGCUAUUUGAACUACACUAUUUUCUACACUAUAGACAACCAAGGAUCUGCUGUAAGUGGACCAGAUGUUAUUUUGGAGGGAAAUAACACAUACCUAACAUUCACCAGUUUAGAACAGCCACCUCCAGAACAAGAAUUUUCAUUUAGAGUUCAACUGAUAGAGAGUAAUUUCAAUUUACCCAUUGGAGUCGCAGCAAAACGAGAGCACAUCAUGGAAGUAUUGCGCGAUUUGAAAGGAAUCUACUUAAGAGCCAAAUACUGGACUGCUAGUGUUGAGUCAAAAUUCGGUAGAAUUAUACUCGAAGAGGCGAUUUCCCAUCAGUUCUUCAACGACAAUGGCAGGCGUGAUAUACAGUAUGCUAAUACUGUUGAAGUUUGUCAAUGCCCUCCAAACUAUCAAGGUCUUUCAUGUGAAGAGUGUGCUCCAGGCUACUACAGAAUACCUUUAGGACCUCAUGGUGGAUACUGUGUACCAUGUCAAUGUAACGGACAUGCCGAAGAAUGUGAUGUCAAUACAGGAGUUUGUUUGAACUGUACUCAUCACACAGUUGGAGACCAUUGCGAAAAAUGUGAAGUGGGAUAUCAUGGUAAUGCUAAAGGUGGCACCCCAACGGAUUGUUUGAUUUGUGCAUGUCCACUACCUUUAGCCAGUAACAAUUUUGCCACAGCCUGCGAUGUAAGUUCUGAUGGAGAAAAAAUCAGCUGUGAAUGUGUUGAAGGCUACAUAGGGGCCAAGUGUGAGGCCUGUGCUUCAGGUUACUACGGAAAGCCAGAAAUAUUAGGUGAUUACUGUAAACCAUGCCAAUGUUCUGGUAAUAUCAAUCCAAGUGAUCCCCAAUCUUGCGAUACUGUCAGUGGAGAGUGCCUAAAGUGCCUCAACAACACGUAUGGACAAGCUUGUUCUUUAUGCGCUCCUGGGUAUUUCGGGGAUGCUGUCAGACUGAAGGAUUGUCAAUCUUGUAUCUGUGAUAAACUUGGAACCGAUCAUUGUAAUAGCUAUACUGGAGAAUGUGUCUGCAAACCUAAUGUCGAAGGAGAAAAAUGCGAUAGAUGUAAAUACGAACACUUUGGAUUCCAAUCGGGUAAAGGCUGUCAGGCUUGCUUGUGCGCAGAAGCUUCGAACAGCAGCCAGUGCGACGAUACUACUGGCCAGUGCCAAUGCAAAACUGGAGUGACGGGAAGGACCUGCGAUAGAUGUGCCCCCGGUCAUUGGAACUAUACCGCCGAAGGAUGCAGCUCUUGUGGAUGUAAAAGCGACUACUCGGUUGGAUUUGGAUGUAACACAUUGACAGGACAAUGUGAAUGUUUACCAGGUGUAAUGGGAGAGAAGUGCGAUCAAUGUCCAUACAGAUGGGCCUUCGUACCAGAGUAUGGAUGUCAUGAAUGUGAUUCUUGCACACAUGCUCUUCUGAAUACGACAGAUGAGUUAACGCAGUUGAUUGAUCCUGUUAUAAUUGAGUUUGAUUCUACUCAACAAGGAUUCUAUACCCUAAAGAAGUUGGACAACAUGAGAAAAUUAUUGAACGAGCUUAAACCUAGAUUUGAUGAAGUCGAUCCUAAACAGAUUACUUUGAAUAGUUCUCUUAGUGAGCUCGAAAGCUUGGAAACAUUGGCCAAAAAUUUGAACAGGAAGGCGAAUUUCUCUUUGGAUACAAGUGCAUCUCUGAAACACGACGCCGAUGAACUAAAACUCAAAUCCGAGAAUUUACAGGACGAUCUCUUGGAAACGGAGAAAUUAGCACAAUCAUCAGUAUCUAAGAUCAAUAAUAUCGUUAUUGAACUGAAUGAAGGAAGCGGCCGCAACAUCGAUGCAGCAGUUGGCCAGGGUGAAGAACUGCUUAAAUCGAUCAAGGAGUAUGAUAUAACGCAAAGAGAAGUCAAUGCCGAAGAUCAACUGGAAAAAGCUACUAAACUCUUCCAGAACGUAUCUGAUUUCAAGCUACCGGGGGAUGAUCUUACAAGAAAAACUGAUUUGGUUGAGGAGAGUCUUAAAAAUUUCACUGCUAAAUUAGACGACUUAUACAAUAAUACGCAAUAUUCUUUGAAUAAGGCGACAGAAGCUGAGGGCUUGCUGAGGAAAACUGGAAUAGAGAGCUUAAAUAAGAAAUUCGAAGAUAUAAAGAAUCAGACGGCUUCAUUGAAGCAGAACUUGGGAGAAUCUGAAGUUCUAAACAGAAAUUCGUCCUACUUACUCAUUGAAGCGAGAAAUCCUAUAAGCAAUUUGCAGGAGAUCCCGGAACAGAUAGAAGAACUUCUUAGUAGCCUCAAUGAAACUUUGAAAAGGAGUGAAAGAGGUAUAGUUGAUAUCGAAGAGCUGUUACCUGUUGUCGAGAAACACGCGAAUGAAACCACGGAUAAGCUUCAAGAACUAGAGAGUUUCUUAACUGAAACCCAGUACAUAUCGGAAGAUGCAGUCAAGGCAGCUAACGCCUACAAAGACAUCCUCGAAGCCGUGAAAAAUGCGAGGGAGGCGGCUCAUACAGCCGAUAAGGAAGCGGUUGUGGUUGUCAAUUCCCUCAAUGGAAUCGACGAUAUCAUGUUUGAAGCAGAACAAAAUUCCUCAAGCGCCUUAGGUAGGGCGUUCGACCUUAAUAGUUCGACAAGCGAAGACUUGAUGCCUCUCUUCAAUGCUGCUAAAAAUAAAUACGAACCUGUACGUAUACAGAAUGAAGAAAAUAAAAACAAAUUAGAUGAUUUAGAGAAGAAGUUGAAGAUGGUCCCCAAAAUCGAAUACGAUGAAGUCUAUAAGAACGCCACAGGAACUGCUGAACAGGCUUCAGCACGUUUGAGAGAAGGUCACUUGGAUACGGAUAAAUAUUUUGAAGAGCUGGAGGAAAACAAGAAACAAGCUCAAGCUCUGCCCAAAGAAAUUGACCAAACUCUGAGGAACAUCCAGCAAACUGAUAAGCAACUGACUUCUAUAAACGAAAAACUGCCAGUAUUGAUAGAUACGAUAAAUAAUCUGCCUAGUAGACAGCAAAAACUCAAACAGCUUUCAGAGAACUUGAAGCAGAACAUCGAUAAAUUGAAUCAACAGAUAGCUUUGGCUAGAGACUUGGCAAACAGAAUAAAUGUGGGUGUUACCUUCUAUCCCAAUACUACUUUGGAAUUGAGGAACCCGCCCAAUGUAGAAAGCCUAUCAACUUCAACAGAAAUAUCUGGUUAUUUCAAAACUGACAAGAUGGACGGUUUAAUCUUUUACUUGGGAAAUCCUGUAGGAACGAACCUCAGGAGAACUGCAACGGAUGAUUACAUGGCACUAGUUGUACAGAAUGGUUAUCCUGUUCUGAAACUAGAUUUCGGCAAUGGCAACGAACCAGUUAUUAAUCCUAAAUACGUGGCUGACAACAACUGGUACCAAUUCAAGAUUAUUAGAACUGGAAACAACGCAAAAUUGAUAAUCAUUGAGCAAACAGAUGAUGGACGUAAAGUUGAGACCGUAAAAGAAGAAAUAUUAGAAGGUCCUUUCUCCAUCUUCAAUCUGGACAGGAACAAAUCGAAACUAUUUGUUGGUGGUAUACCGGUGAAUUAUGCCAUUCAGGAUGCUAUUGACGUCAAUUCAUUUGACGGAGAAUUGGAGGACUUAGUUAUUGGAGAUACGCCGAUAUCUUUGUGGAAUUUCAACAAUGGAUAUGAGAACAAUCAUGGAUGUAUUAGAAGAAAUAAAUUAUUAGAUUUGCAACCAGCCACCGGAUUCAGAUUCAAUGGAAAUGGAUACGCUGUAUUCAGCGCACGAUCUUACAACCUCAGACUUCGAUCUGAUAUUCAAUUGAAGUUUAAAACAUUCGCCCCUGAUGGUUUGCUCUUCUUGGCCGAGAAAGAUAACACAUUCCUCUCUCUUGAACUCCGAAAUGGAAAGAUAUUAUACCAGUAUAAUCUAGGAUAUACCACGAAGUUGUGGCAUUCAUCAAAAACUUACAACGACGGCCAAUGGCACACUAUUAGUGCAACCAGGGAAGGACCUAGAGGACAAUUGACCGUUGAUAAUGAGAACGUACCUGACCGUACCAAAACAAUCGAAGGUAAAUUCAUGCAAGCAGUGGAUGUGAUAUCUUUCGGUGGUUAUCCUGGCAAACACAAUCAUCCGGAUGUUACCAACAUGAAAUUCGACGGCUGUAUCGAUAAUGCGGUAGUAAUGGGCAAUUCAAUUGAUUUCAAACAGAACAUUAAGGCAUACGAUGUCACCCCAGGAUGUCCAGAAAAGGUAUCGAAAUUGGUUUCAUUCUCGAAAAACAAUCCUGGAUACAUAAGAAAUGCUGAUUUAUCAAUAUCAAACCUCUUCAAAAUGAACCUGAACUUCAAGACUUCGGAAAGCGAAGGCCUUAUAUUCUAUGGUACCAAUAGGGAACAAACUGACGGAAUAUCGCUAUCGAUGAAGGAUGGACAUUUGAUUCUUAUCAGUCAAAAGAAUGAAUACAUAUCGAAAGAUCUUUUCAACGACAGUAAUUGGCACGUUAUUUCGAUAACACACACCAACCAAGAAUUGAGGAUAGUUUUUGAUGACUAUGACUUCAUCUCCCCUGACUAUCCUCCAACACCUUUGCAUAUUCUCUAUGGAGAUCUUUACAUUGGUGGUUUGCCGUUAUCAUACACUGCUGGAAUAGGAAUGGUGGGAUCAACAGAACCUUUUGUCGGUUGCAUAUCUGAUGUCACAGUAAAUGGAAACGUUUUGAACUUCGCCAAUAGUAAGGAAAAGAAGAAUGAAAUACUUGGAAAAUGUGUUUUGGAUAUAGUCCAUUGGGAGGAGAAUCCUGAUGUACAUAAUGUGCCUGUUCUUCCCCCGCUUGAUGAAUUGGAUAGAGAAACGACAACCAUUACCGACCAUCCAAUCGAUUCUUAUAAUACCAGGAGUACAACAAUAAGAGGAGACGGAGGAUACGAAGUACCUGUAGAGGCACAAAAUUCGGACGAAGAACAAACUACUACGACAACUCCAGCCACAACGACGACCUUACCUACAACAACGACUACCAUAAAAACUACAACCACAUCAACAACCACCACAACCACAACAUCCGCUCCAAUUCAAACCAUAGAGCCUGAGAAAGAGGAAACGACGCACCCUAGAGGUCCGAUUGGUACGCUACGACCAAAGACAACACCAGCUCCAAAGACAGGAUGCGCCCUUCAACUGAAUCCCAAGGCUGAAGAUAGCAGCCUAGAUCCCAACUCCUUUAGAUUUGGAACACAAAAGGAAGGAAGAUUAGAAUACAACACGCCAAGAGGAAGAUUCAAAAAGUCCUCCGAUUACCACUUAGAGUUCAAAACUGCAGAAAAUAAUGGCAUUAUUUUCUACAUAUCAGAUCGCUCUCCUUCUCAUGAUUCAUACAUGUCUCUUAUCUUACAAGAUGGAUAUCUUGUGUUCACUUAUACAAAUGGUUCAGGACCUGCUCUGAUCAAAUCUCCCGUGAAAUUCAACGAUGAUACCUGGCAUCUGGUUGAAAUCAGCCGUGAAGGUUCAAAUGGAAAGUUAGUUGUCGACAGAAAAUAUAUGACGUCUGGAAAAUCUUCUGCUGAAAAAUUGGAAUUAUCGCUGCCAUUUUACAUAGGAGGACUGGAGCCUUCAGAUUACAAUGUUGUCUAUGGAAAUUUGAACACCACAGACAAGUUCAAAGGUUGUAUAAGAAGCUUCCAUAUGAAUGGAAAACUCAUGACGAAUCCAAAGAAACAUGGAGUGGUUCCUUGUUCAGAUAAUGUCGAAUUCGGAACAUUCUUCUAUGGUACAAAAUCGAGUUUCAUCAAACUCAAGGAGAAAUUCCAUGUUGGUCAAACUUUCAACGUUAAAUUAGACAUAAAACCUAGACUCGACACAGGUAUUUUGAUGUCGGUUCAUGGUAAAAAGGACUAUUUUAUUCUUGAGAUGGUUAAUGGUUCCAUGAAACUUACGGCAGAAAAUGGUCUCGGUCCUAUUACUGCCAUAUUUGAACCAAAAACUCCCUACUACUUCUGUGAUGGUAAUUGGCACAACAUUCAAGCUGUGAAAUCCAAAAAUGUCGUCACUCUAUCGGUAGAUAACGUAUUCACCAGUCCCAAACUGGGAGAUCACCGGGCAAUUUCCACAAGCACCGGUGGAACACUGUUCCUUGGUGGUCACAGGUUCCUCAGCAACGUGAAGAGGCUUAGAGGUUUGUCGUCGAAUCAAGCUUAUGUUGGAUGUAUAAGAAACGUGUAUCUCAAUGACGAUUUUGUUUCAUUAACACCUAAUAUGGCGCAUGGAAACGUUAUAGUUGGAUCAUGUAGAACCAAUUGAAGAGGUGGAAUCAAAGAUUAAAAUAAGCUAUUAUUGUAUAAGUGAAAAAUAAAAGUUGAUAUUAAUAUAA